GAGCAGGUAUUUGUGAGGAUAGAUCUUGAGAAGAUCUUUCCGACGCAACAAGAAUCGCUUCAAUCGGAGCAAGAACGCGAAAGCUAUGAAGAUUCAAAGUUCAUGAGCUUGCGUUACAAUUGCGGCGGUUACAAAGUGAAGUUGUGGGGGGGAGUACCAGAAUGGAGGGCACCUGCUGGUACUGCAAGAAGGUCGGGCAUCCUUGGUUCAAGUGCUUCAGCAGGCCGGAGGGAUGGGCACCUCCAGGCAUGAAGCCGCCCAGUGGUGAACGCGCACAAGGUGGCGCUGUGCAAGUCUCAGGUUUGUCUGCUAACCUUCUCUCUGUGCGGCGACUGCAGAAGAGUAAGGCCGAAGUGACCUUUGGACCAACCAGCUGCCGUGCUAAGCUUGGGAAGAAGGUGUUGUGGAGUCUGGAAGAGGAGACCAGCUGCAUCAAGGACCUGUGGCAGCUGCCCAUCAUCCCUUGGAAUGGGAAGACUCCAACAGCAGCAACGGCAGCAGCGGCAAAGGCAACAGGAGGAGGAGAUGCAACUACACCAACUGAUGGGGAGAAAAGGGGGAAGUUGGAGGCUUCUGGAAGAUGGGGUGUGCACUUGGGGAUUGCAAAGGAUCACAAGGGAUGGCUGCUAUGGGACUUGACCACCCAGAAGCUGACAGUGUCAAGGGAUCAGACAAAGGGGAAGGACUAUGAUGAGGUGUUUGCUUCUGUGGGGAAAGGAACAACACUGAGGGUGCUGUUGGCGAUAGCUGCACUCCUGGGAUGGAAGAUACGACAGAUGGACAUUGUGACUGCCUUUCUUAAUGGGAUCAUUCUGGAGGAGGUGUACAUGAAGCAGCCAGAGGGGCUGGAUGAUGGGAGCGGCAGGUGGCACUGGGUGAGGAGAUUCCUUGAUAAGGAGGUGCGGCUGGAGAUAGUGAAGACCCAUCAGCAGGCAGCAGAUAUUUUCACCAAGCGUCUGGCGGAGGCGGAUCAUUGGAAGGGCAUGAAGCUUGCUGGGAUGAGUGUGCAUUGAGUAUGCAUGCUUGAGAUGUUGGUAUUUGUGAGGAUAGAUCUUGAGAAGAUCUUUCCGACGCAACAAGAAUCGCUUCAAUCGGAGCAAGAACGCGAAAGCUAUGAAGAUUCAAAGUUCAUGAGCUUGCGUUACAAUUGCGGCGGUUACAAAGUGAAGUUGUGGGGUGACUCUAUA